UCAGAUGUGUUUAUUUACGCGGGAAAAUCACUUCAUUCAUAUACAUAAAUAACUAGUAAGAAAUGUUUCACUUUUAAUAUCGAAUUUUGUUUAAAAAAUUAUUUAGUCUAAUAAUGAGUCAAUAUCCUGAUGAAAAUGAGGAGUAUGAACUUCUGUAUCAGGACGAGUUGGAACUGUUGGAUGAGUUGCAACCAUACGAAACCAUAGUAGAUAAAGAUGUACAACCAAGUAUCUUACCUUCAUCGGUUAAAAGUCCGCAGUUAUCGCAGUUGUUUGCAAACACACAGGACAUAUCUGCUGUAAGUGAAUUAAGUGAUCGCGUAAAUAGACGUUUGUUUGGAACGCCUAUUGGAGUACAAAGAGGAUGUUCCACACCGAUGGUAAACCAGAAAAAAGUAACUGCACCUAUUCAGAAUGUGUUGGAUGACUUUAAUGAACCGUGUGUAUCAACUGCUGUAAAUCAGCUUCAAAAACAGGGUCUAGCAUGUAAAAGACGUCUAGAAGAACAACUUUUCGGCAAUAUCGAUGAUUUAUAUAGCAAUGAUACAUAUGAAGAUCCUGUUGCUAAAAAGCAACGUACAGAAGAGGAACAUGAUUUUGAAGUUAUAGAGAAAAUACUGGAUGCUCGAAAGCGUUACCGCGAAUGCAAUGAGCUAAUAAGUAAUGAAAACAUACUGCGAUUGCAAGCAGUACAUAAAUUUAAAAUGCAGAAUCUGUCUUAUAUUGUACCUUCUUGGCCGUUUAUUAUUCUGCGCCGUGUUGAUGGCCAAACUGUUUUUGUGCGCCAACACUCUGAGGAGUAUGAGACACGCGAAAUUAAAAACGUGAACAAUAAUUGCAGAACUGAAAGCGUUCUCGGUGAGAGUAAACAAAAGUUAUGGGAUUCUGCAAAUGAAAUUAUCAACCGUAGACUUACUCUUGCAAACAAGGAGACUCAGGCACAAGAUGUUGUAAUGGUUGAAUCUAACAAUAAUUCCAAUGUACUGUGGGUUGAAAAAUACAAACCAUCAAAAUAUAUUGAUCUUCUCUCUGAUGAAUCUACUAAUCGUAGCUUACUUUAUUGGAUUAAAAUGUGGGAUAAAGUUGUGUUUGGGAGAGAAUUAAAAGUUAAACAGCCUGAGAAUAAUAAUGGGCAGCUAAAUAAUUUUAACAAACGAACAGGAAAAUUCGAAUCAAAUGGUGGCUGGAAAAGAAAAAAAGAUCGUCGUCUCAUGCCAGACACAAAUAUUGAUGAAUUUGGUCGCCCUGUACAGAAAAUAGCAUUAUUAUGUGGACCUCCUGGUCUUGGAAAAACCACAUUGGCUCAUACAAUAGCAAAGCAUGCAGGUUAUAAUGUCUUGGAGAUAAAUGCCUCUGAUGAUCGUAGCCCGGCAGCCUUUAGAGCUGCUUUGGAAAAUGGCACUCAAAUGACAGCAGUUCUUAAUAAAGACAAUAGACCCAAUUGCAUCAUUUUAGAUGAGAUCGAUGGUGCGCCACGUCAAUCAAUUGAAUUUUUAGUAAAAUUUGUAAAUGAUGCAGUUGCAACAAAAAACCGCUCCAAACGUGGCAAUUCCAAACGAUUUUUCUUGAAGCGACCUAUAAUCUGUAUUUGCAAUGAUAUGUAUGAACCAGCAUUGCGACCCUUACGUCAGAUGGCUUUCGUUGCCAGUUUUCCACAACUUGAAUCCACUCGUUUAGCAGAACGACUUGUACAAAUCACAUAUGCAGAAAAAUUAAGUUCAGAUUUCUUCGCAUUGCUGGCACUCGCGGAAAAAUCAGGCAAUGAUGUUCGGUCUUGUAUGUCAACGUUACAAUUUUUCAGUGCUCAAAAAAUGCCACUCACGGUUAAAAAUGUUUUGCGCAGUAAUUUAGGUCAAAAAGACCAACAGCAAGGACUUUUUGACAUUUGGGGUGCAGUUUUCAGGAUUCAACGACCGAAAAAACAUCUUGACACAGGUGCAGCAGAGGAAGAAGAUCACCAAGUAACAAUGACUGAUAUGUCGGUUAAAACACGAUUUCAAAAUGUGUUAAACGUAAUUCAUUCAGCGGGAGAUUAUGAACGUCUUAUCCAGGGUGUCUACGAGAAUUAUUUGCAUCAGAAAAUGCCGACUUCUGGUCUUAGUGCGGUAGUUGAGGCUCUGCAAUGGUUCUGCUUUUCAGAUGCCUUAACUAAUAAAAUUAAUACACAACAAAAUUACACUAUAUAUCCUUAUUAUCAGUAUGGUUUUGUUGCAUGGCAUUUGCUAUUUGCUAGUUUGGCUUGGCCUAAAAUAAAUUUUCCUAGACAAGGUUAUGAGCAAUAUCAAAAACAAACGAACCAAAAGAAUAUUUUCCAGAGUUUACGAAGAGGAAUGUCACCCCAAGUUCAAGGCGUUGGUAUGGGUAGCACUAUAUUAGUUGAUGUAGUUCCAUAUUUGAAAAGAAUUCUUUCACCCCAGCUACGCUCAGUGCCUGUACAGCUUCUAUCUUCGAAGGAACACUACAAUUUAAAGCACGCAAUAGAUGUGAUGAUUGAUUUUGGUUUAACUUAUAACAAGAUUAAAAACUCAGAGGGAUCAAUGUUGUUGCAAAUGGAACCUGAAAUGGAUGCAUUAUGCAGUUUUACAGGUUAUCCAGUAGUAAAACUGAAUCACUUUGGUAGACAACUUAUUUCCCGGCAAGUGAUGAUAGAAUGCAUACGAAGGGCAGCGCCCAAAUCUGCGGAUCAGACGGAAAAAACCAAAAAAGUACCGAAUCAUUUGCAAGUUCUGAAACCUAAAAUUUCGGAAAAACAUAAAAGAAGUGAAAAUCAACAGGUUUACAAAAACUUCUUUUCUAAUUUCCAAAGUACCACUCCCGCUGUUGUAGUUAAUGAAGCUCACGACGAUCAAAUCGUAAAGAGUCCAAUUUGGUAUCACUUUAAGGAAGGAUUUAACAAUGCUGUACGGAAAAAUACACAUUUGAAGGACUUGAUAUAGAUGCUUAGAAUUAAUUAAUUAGUUUGAUGUAUUUAAUGUUGAUAUAUGUUUUAGUCUAGAUAGAUGGCAACAAUAAAUUAUCAUUAAGAUUGCCUAAAUGAUCAUUUACAAAUACCGAGACAAACGAUGGUAAUUAUCAUUAAAAAUCAACUUUUCAAAAUCGGUUAUAUAUACAAAAUUAACAUAUGAUACAAAUGGAAGAAAAUCAUACAUAACAUCGUAUACACUGGUUAGACAUUCAUACUCAUACUCCAUACUUCUGUUAAAGGUAUUAGUCAUUAGAGUUGUCUUUUUGAAUCGAUACAAUAUGUUAUCGGUCUGGGAUACAAUAUUUACACCCGUAAUAAAAUUUUCAUAAAGUUAAAAAAUAAAAGUAAACUAACUA